AGCUACAUCAUUCCUGAGGAAGCAAAACGAAAUUUCUCACGGCCUCCUCGCGGCGAGGUUCCCCUCCGAGAUGGCGGCGCCGGCGGCGGACGAGGCGUGGUGCCGGGAGACGGUGCCGCGGGUGUUGGAGCUGGUGAGCCCGCGCCUCCCGCAGCGUGACGUCUGCGCGCUGCUCGCCGUCAGCCCCUGGUGCUACCGCACCCUCGUCAGCAACCCCAGGCUCUGGGAGGUACUUGAUAUGCGUGAGAUGAAGAACGCCGGCGACCGACUUAUUUCAGCACUUUCUCUGGCAAGGUAUCGCCAUCUCAAACUACUGAACCUUGAAUUUGCACAAGAUAUCGAGGACCGGCAUUUUGUUCAUCUAAAAGAAAUGAGUGGUAUCUCACUGGAAAAUUUAGAAUUCCUGAACCUGAACGCAUGUCAGAAAAUCUCUGACAAAGGAAUUGAAGCCAUUACCAGUCUUUGUCCUAACCUUCACGGCCUUUCAAUCUAUUGGAUUGUGGGACUGACAGACUCAAGCAUUGGGCACAUUACAAAGUACUGCAGGCAGAUAGUGGACCUCAACUUGAGUGGUUGUAAGAAUAUCUCAGAUAAAGGAAUGCGGUUAAUUGCUAAUAGUUACCAAGGACUAAAGAAAUUGAACAUAACCAGGUGUGUUAAGUUGACAGAUGAUGGGCUUAAAGAAGUGCUUCAGAAAUGUUCUUUGGUUGAAAGCUUAAACCUUUAUGCCCUUUCGAGUUUUACUGACAAGAUUUAUAAGGACAUAGGAUUGUUAAGUAAUCUUACAUUUCUAGACCUAUGUGGUGCUCAGAAUCUAACUGAUGAUGGUCUAGUAUACAUAUCAAGAUGCGGAGGUCUAACAUACCUCAAUUUGACUUGGUGUGUACGUGUUACUGAUGCUGGUGUUGUAGCUAUUGCGCAAGGGUGCCGGUCCCUCAAACUGCUAAGUUUGUUUGGAAUAGUUGGGGUAACUGAUGCCUGCCUGGAGGCUUUAUCAAAAUCUUGCUCGCACAGCCUCACAACACUUGAUGUAAAUGGCUGCAUCGGUAUCAAGAGGAGGAGCCGGGAUGACCUGCUUAAGUUGUUCCCAUUGCUGAGUUGCUUCAAAGUGCACAGCUAGCAGUCACUCCAGGAGUACAGGUUCCCACCGGUUUCCUCGAAUCGGUGUCGAGGGGACAACAGCAAGGCAGUUUUGGGCAUCAGCUGGCUUCGUCCUUGUGUUGAUUGGCGAGAUGAGAGAUUCUGUACCGAAUAUUUCCUAGAACGGGUGACAUGUCCCAUGUACGUUUCUUAUCUUUGUCCCUUUUAAUGGUUAUGGUGCCAUGUGCCAUCUCGCUGCUGCCACAGUUUGCAUGACGUUUGUAUCUUAUAUAGUAUGUUUAACUCAGAAGUGUUAUUGAUAAUGUUAAGAGUAUUAGAGGUA